AUCGCAAAUUUAUGUUCAAUCGUUUUAUUCUAUGUGAAUACAUUAAUUGCAUGUUUCCUGGUUAUAAUGCGCAGUGUAUCAACUUAGUAGUGCAUUUCAUAAUAACUAUAAUUUUAUAGUUUAAAUAUUUACACUUUAAGUGUGUUUUUUCUAUUUCAAUAUAAAACGCAUAAUAUAAACGGCGAUUGUGUACGCUUCAACCCACGUUAACACUUAAGUUUAACUAGCGGGCAACAGAGCGAAUAAUCACUAUUGAGCACAAUACGGUGGACAUAUUCGUUCGCUACUUAGGUAGUUACUUCCUGAUUUCAAAAUUUACAAAACACGCAGUACGUCUUUCAGACGACUAUCAAUGUACAUAAUAAAAUGCUAUUAUAAGCCAUUAUGUACUCCUUGUGGAUGUCUCGAUUUGAACAAACUUCGACGUUGGUGACAUUUUUUGGAUUUAUCAGUGUCAUAUUAGUUGAAUAUACUGCAGAUGGGCAGACAAUAUCUGGAUUGAAGGCUGUUAAUGAAGGAGAGCGCCUGGUCUUAGAGUGUUCCUUACCAAUAUGUUCCAAUUCAACGUGCACAUACUCUUGGAGCUCACCCAAUGAGUCUCUUCCAGCAGACACUACGACGACACAAACCAUAACAUUGUUAAAUGUUACACGUUUAUGGCAUCGAAGAAUAAUAGCGUGUACCAUCAACGUCGGUGGGACUAACCAACAAUCACAAGGCAGCAUUGAUGUCCUAUAUGGUCCAUCGGCAGCCUCCAUAUCAGUUGGUAGCCCGUUCACAGUCACAGAGGGCAGCGCAACCUCCAUAACAUGUAAUGUCCCAGCCUGCAAUCCCACAUGUACAGCCAAGUGGUUUAACGGUACAACCCAAAUGCCUUCUACAACGCUGUUUGGUGAACCGGUCAGUCGACAAUUCGCAGGGAUCUAUACCUGUAACGUUUCUAAUUCAGUUGGGUCUCGGACUUCACAGCUUAAUGUUAUUGUUAACUAUGGUCCAUCGGCAGCCUCCAUAUCAGUUGGUAGCCCGUUCACAGUCACAGAGGGCAGCACAACCUCCAUAACAUGUAAUGUCCCAGCCUGCAAUCCCACAUGUACAGCCAAGUGGUUUAACGGUACAGCCCAAAUGCCUUCUACAACGCUGUUUGGUACACCGGUCAGUCGACAAUUCGCAGGGAUCUAUACCUGUAACGUUUCUAAUUCAGUUGGGUCUCGGACUUCACAGCUUAAUGUUAUUGUUAACUAUGGUCCAUCGGCAGCCUCCAUAUCAGUUGGUAGCCCGUUCACAGUCACAGAGGGCAGCACAACCUCCAUAACAUGUAAUGUCCCAGCCUGCAAUCCCACAUGUACAGCCAAGUGGUUUAACGGUACAACCCAAAUGCCUUCUACAACGCUGUUUGGUACACCGGUCAGUCGACAAUUCGCAGGGAUCUAUACCUGUAACGUUUCUAAUUCAGUUGGGUCUCGGACUUCACAGCUUAAUGUUAUUGUUAACUAUGGUCCAUCGGCAGCCUCCAUAUCAGUUGGUAGCCCGUUCACAGUCACAGAGGGCAGCACAACCUCCAUAACAUGUAAUGCCCCAGCCUGCAAUCCUACAUGUACAGCCAAGUGGUUCAACGGUUCAACCCAAAUUCUUCUUACAACGCUGUUUGGUGAACCGGUCAGUCGACACAUUGCAGGGAUCUAUACUUGUAACGUUUCUAAUUCAGUUGGGUAUCGGACUUCACAGCUUCAACUCAUUGUUAAUUAUGCCCCUAUUCUGCUUGGACACAACAUAACUUAUAACGUCUCCAAAGGCUACCCGCUGACCGUCACUAUUCCGGUUUCCGCCUGUCCAGCCGUCUUAAGGAAAGACAUCAAGAUUGGAGAUCGAUUUGUGAAUGCCUCAGACAAUAUCAUUGUAAAUUUAACGAACAGUAUUGAUGUCGUGUUUUUUCAUAACAAGUGCAUUGCAAGCGCAAUACAAACGUUGUCAGUGGUAAUCAAUGCGACGCAAGAAGAGCACUUCCGGAAUUUCACUGUCAACUUCACGAACGCUGUUGAUACAACAACAGCACAUUUCGCUAUUUUUCCACAAGGACCGCCCGAUGUACCGAUACGUUUCGAGCAGAAAUCGAACACGUAUCAUAGCGCUACGUUCGUCGUCGAAUCUGGCUUCUUCAAUGGCGGUAAUCAAACGUUCGUCCUGCAGUACCGACAAGUCAGCGACUCCGUAUGGACAAACGGCUCGGUAGCUACCGUUGGCAAGUUGAAGCAUGUCAAUGUGUCGAUGACAGUGGAAAGCCUCUCGCAAGUGACCGACUAUGAAUUUAGGGUGUAUGCCUUCAACGUGUAUGGCCAGAGCGAAUAUUCGCUUGUGGUGCAAGUCGCUACCGCUCUGCAUGUUGGAAUGGUGGUGGGAUGUGUUAUUGGCGGAAUAGCAGGCAUCUUUCUGAUCGUUUUGAUUGUGUACUUUAUAAGGAAGAAGAAGCGAGACGAAAAGCCUCCACCGAUAGUGCCAUUUGCAAGCAUACUCGCCUCUUUACAAGGGGAGACAAGUCAGGUGCAUGCAGGGGACAAUUGGUAUACGCCGUCUUCAGCAACAACCGAAGGCUACUACGUGAAUACAAAAGUCGCAUCGUCAAAAGUCAAUUCUGAAAAGCCUUAUGUGAAUCAAGUUGGAAAAGCCCCAGAAAGAAAACCGUCUGUGGAUAGUCAUGGGUAUCUCAAAGUCGGAGAUCAUUCAAACGAACUGGACUACAUGAAUGUGGACGAGCAAUUGGCCAAAAAGCAGAGCAUACCAAAAAAGGCACAUAAAGAAGAGAAAGAAGAUAAUUAUUUAAACAUUGAUGCUGGAAGAAAAGCGGCAGAAAAGAUUUAUGAGAACACUCAACUUACACCUGGUACAGCAAACUCAAAAGCAAAGAAAAGCGAAGAAUUAGAAGGUGAUUACAUAGAAAUGUCCUUAAAGAAACAAAACAGCACACCAAAGUACCAAGCCCCUACUCCGCCCUCAAAAGAUGAAGAGGACUACGAAAACACCUUUUCGAAGAAAAAGAAGAAGUCAACUCAACAUACCUCUUAGCAAUUUAAAAUGUUUGUGUGUAAAUCAUGAUAUUUGCAUCGUUGUAAUAAUUACAGAAUACAGCAAUCUUACUUUUUUCCAUGACCGUUAAUACCAUAAACAUACAAUGUAGGACGGGCGCGUAAUACCACUACUAACUGUAUUGUGACCAAAGAAUUUGUGUACUUUAAAACGAGAUAAAUGUCGUGAAGUGUGAUAUAUUCGUUUAUUUUAUUUAGUUAGAUAGUGUUUUAUCGAGUGUCAAUAAAAACAGGUACAGUAUACAAGUGUAAAAAUAUGCACUUCAACUUAAAUAUGUCGAUAUUUUGUAAGAUCUUAUUAGAAAAAAAAGACUUACAUUUACAUCAGUUUUGAAAUAAAAUAUAUAUGCAACGUGUGUCAUAUUAGUACGCAAUAUUAAAUUUGCUCGGGUAUUGAUAUUUAAAUACUGGUUUACUAUUUAUAUAUGUAUUUACGAGACUCGUCUUGGCGGAUAUAAUGCACGUGUAACUGUUUUGCAAAAUUCAUAUUUUACAUCUGUACGCAAUACAAUUUAAAUAAAAUGUUACUUAACGAUUAACACGCCUACAAUGGUACACGUUUUAGGUAGACAAAUAUAUGAUAUUAAAAUAUGUAUUUAUACUUAGCCUUUUGCACAUGAUUUUCAAUUUCAUGCAUGCACAUGAGAUUGUUAAGUUUAGUUUGUUAAGUUUUACAUAUGUUUUUUUAAACGAUGAAACAAUAAUAUAAUUAGAUCAAUGCCAUUAUCAGUUCUACAUAUAUACUAGUAACACACAUUUUACGUGAUUUAAAGAUAAAUUAUUAUGUUUAUACCAUUCCAAACUUUAAGUGGCUUAAUUUUAAAUAAAGGGACUAAAUACUUCGGAUUCAAUAAGCGCACUCAGCAAUUUUUCAAUCGGGAAGGGGACAACGACAACGAGCGAGGCCUGGUAUAGGGGAGAUAACCCUGGGUAAUGGUUAGGUUAGGGUUAGGGUUAAGGGUCGGGUUAGGGUUAGGGUUGGGGUUAAAGCUUACCCUAACUAAAACCCGACCCCUAAACCUAACCCUAACCUUGACCCUAACCCUCGAACAUCCUCCCCCAUGCGCAUUACAAUACCGUGCCUCGCUCGUUGCCGUUGUCCGCUUCCCUUUUCAAACUGGUAAUUUGUUCUCAAAAUUGAUUAGGCGACAUUACACCAUAUUGUUUCCAUAUUAAUUUGUAAAAUCUUACUUUCCAUUCGUGUAAAUCUCAUUCUUAAGAAUAUCAAUCAGAUUCACUGAACCGUAACAGUUAAAUCACUUUUUGAUUUACGUUCACAUUUUUUGUGCGCAUAUUUAAUAAAUUCGCGAACUGUUCAUACAAUUUUUCGCAUUUCAUAAAAAUGCUUAAAACUAGCAUAACGCUUAAACGUUGCUUCCAAUUUACCUCAAUUUACUCAGGUGCGAAAUUGGUCUAGAUAAACAAUUAACAUCCUUUUACAGUUUAAUCAAGACAGAGGUAUACACGAGGUUUCAAGUUGUUUAAGAUUUGACCUGGUAUUAUUUUGCUCACCCCAUAGACUAAAAUUUAAAUCCGGCCUAGACAUUGUCAAGAAAUCGUACACAAUGUUUUUAACAAAGUUUCAGUAAAGUUGAGUUAUGCAUUUUUUCGUUUAAAGUCGACAAUGUUUUAUGUAAGCUUUCGCACAGUUGCCUGGUUGUUUGACCCCUUUAACUCAAAUUUUAACUUGCCUUAGAUAAUGUCAACAUAAACAUUGUGUUCAAGUUUUGUCAAGAUUUUGCCAAGCAUGUGCCUAUAUUGUAUAGUGCCAUUGCAGCUCAUGUGUUAAUGAUUAAAAUAUCUGAGUUUUGAUUGUGUGUGUAUGCUAUGUGACUUUUGAAUUCCUUGGUAAGUCUAAAUGCAGCGAUUUACGUUUAGCAUUUUUAUGUACAAAUGACCUCGAAGAAUUGGAAAAUUAUUUUGAUAUGAUGAAUAUGUAUGGUUAUUUGCUUUUUUGAUAUAUAUGUUUCACUUUAUAUAGUUACUUACUAGUGCAGGUUUCAAUGUGAUGUGUAUUGGUCUGUCUCUCUAUAUAUAUAGAAAUGUUGUAUAUGUUUCUGUUUGUUAAUAACGAAAUGUGCGGAAUAUGACUCGUACAUACUUUUACCGAGCAUAUAUCGAGUUUAAUUAACACACAAAAGCAUCUUAUGUAUUGACGUGUGUAAUCAAUCCGUUAUUUCGUCAAGUUUUAUUCGGCAUAUGCAUACUAAUUUAACCCUUUUACUGUUUUGUCUUACCUAAGUAUUAUUUGAAUAACUGUAUGGCUUGUUUGUUUAACACACUUGAUUCUCCUCUUCAUUGGACCGUAUUUCAGUGGAUUCCCAGUUUCAUGAAUGCACUGUUAAGUUAUAUCGGUGAUUAUUGUAAUCCAUUAAUGCUGUAUGACAUGUUAAAGUAAAUGAAACGUAAGUUAAUGUCAAAUGUUAUCACUCCAUUGCAUAAUAUUAUUUUAUUGACAUGGUCAAUUAAACAAUAAAACGCAUACAUGCUACACAAAAUGCUAAUGGAUGUUUCAAGUUAAAACUAAAAAACAUGUCAAUGAAUGUUUAAAGUAAAUGUAAGAACUUAAAACUGUAAAUAAAUAUGUUAAUGUAAAGUACGAAGAUUCAUUGGGUAUGUUUGCAUUAUUAUGUACCAUAAUGUAUUUAAAUAUCCAUAAUUGAUGUUAUAUGUAUAAUAUAUAAUAUAUAUAUCACUUUAUAAAAAUACGAUUUAA